AUGGCAAAAACAGAAAAAGUGAUUAUUAACCUACCCUCUGGCACCAGGAUUGGACAACUUGUUCUGCUUCCUUAUCAAACUUUUGGACAGCCCUCCCUACAGGAGAAGGGCCGUGGAUCCUCUGGAUUUGGAUCCACUGAUGCAUUUUUGAUGAGGGCCAUUAAAUUAGACCGACCGGAGUGUCAGCUCCGAAUCAAUGGAAAGGACUUUAGAGGCAUUUUAGACACUGGAGCCGAUGUAUCGGUAAUCUCUCUAAAGCACUGGCCUGAAUCUUGGCCUAUGCACCCAACUACUACAACCCUCCAAGGGGGUUGGACAAUCCUCCUCCCCCCUACCAGAGUGCCUCCUUGCUUAAUUGGUCUCAUGAGGAAGGCUCCUCUGGGACCUUCCAGCCUUUCAUUCUUCCCCCAUCUUCCAGUGAAUUUAUGGGGAAGAGAUGUUAUGGAAGGUAUGGGCUUAGUUUUGUGGCAACCAGGAACUCCGUUACAGUCUUUUUUCUUAGCGGCCACGGUCUCUCCUGCUUCAUAUGCGGAUCCUAUAGCAUGGAAGGAUAAUACACCCAUAUGGGUAGAUCAGUGGCCGCUUUCCAAAGAGAAACUUUCUGCCGCGCAACGGCUGGUGCAGGAGCAGCUAGCGGCUGACCAUAUUGAACCUUCUACUUCCCCCUGGAAUUCACCUAUCUUUGUCAUUAAGAAAAAAUCAGGGAAGUGGAGACUUUUGCAAGAUUUAAGAAAAGUGAAUGCCUCCAUGCACCCUAUGGGGGCCUUGCAACCUGGUCUGCCUUCGCCCGCCGGGAUUCCCCCGGGCACUUAUAAAAUUGUCAUUGAUCUCAAAGAUUGCUUUUACACGAUCCCGUUGUCCCCUGUUGAUUGCCCUCGCUUUGCUUUUAGUGUUCCAACCAUUAACCUUCAAGAGCCCAUGAAACGUUAUCAGUGGAAAGUUCUCCCACAGGGCAUGGCUAAUAGCCCGACCUUAUGCCAGAAAUUUGUCCAACAGGCGAUUCAAACCACUCGAGAACGAUUUCCUGAUACUCUGAUUAUUCACUAUAUGGACGAUAUCCUCCUUGCACAUGCUGAAGAACGGCGUUUACUUGAUACCUUUUCUCACAUGCAACAGGCUCUUCAUUCUUCAGGGCUCCAGAUUGCAAGCGAUAAAGUCCAGACUGCCUAUCCCUACUCCUACUUGGGAUUCCAAUCCUUGACCCCGGAAGCUAAACAAGCUCUCCAGCUGGUCUCUCGAGCCCUACAGGAAGCGCAGUUGACCUACUCUACGGCCGCCACCGCCGCCAUAGCACUAACAGAAGAGGUUCAGACCGCGGACUUCGUUAACGAGCUAGCUCGUAAUGUGUCUGUUGCAUUUCAGACCCAAGAGGAAUGGGAUCGAAAAAAUAGAGCAGAAGUUGAAUGCUCUGUACGAUACCCUGCAGCAGUGAAUUCCCCAACAAUGCAUACGACCCCAGUAGCGUACCACCAACCCAACUGCCCUCCACCUGAUGUGGCUGCCACUGCAGCAGUGGAGGCCAGAGCACAACUGACACUGCUGCCCAGCAACUGCACUCCUGCUGCACCACAGAAAGUUCAUGGAGAUCCUGUCCCUGUCCACCCACCAUGGAGAUGUAGCAAUGACAGAGCCCACAGUUACAGCCCGAGCCCUCUCCUGCCCCAGGACUCACUGGGCCAUGGUGUGAAAAGAGCAGGCAACCCAGUGAGGAUGGUCUCAGAGAGCAUCUCACUGCCCGGGGUACAGCGUUUCAACGGCCUAAAUAGCUUCAACCUCCCCAUUUUACCUCCAUCCCUGGAAAAGCGUAACUUAGUGCUUCAGAAUUACACAUGGCCUGAGGGUGGCCAGUCCCACCACUUCCACUUGCUUUCUUGUCCUCCGUGCAUUACUGAUAAUGUCACCCUGGAGUCCCAGACCAUGGAAGCUGAUAUGAACCUCACCAACCUGAUCAAUGAGGAUUUCUUACCUGAUGACAUGGUGCGGUACUUAAAUUCUCAGAACCAAGCUGAGUAUGAACAGCACUUUCAGAGUGCUCUCUCUGAUGACAGCAAAAUGCUCCACAAGCCCAACUUGGAGAGUGGGCAUGGUGACUUUGACCAACCUGGAUUGCCAGACCACCAUGCUAACCAGCAGUAUGGUGGGCUGGAGCAGCCCUGCCCUGAAGCCAACAAAGCUGAUGUGCCCAUUUAGUGAAACAAGGUCAGCUCCAGCAGUGCCUACCUGUCCUCCUCUAGGCUGAAAUGUGGCCAGCGAUCCACAGCUCAGCCAGCUGGAGCCUUUGGGUUGUACAACAACAUGGGUUCCCACCGACAGAAUCCCUUGGGGAAAGGGACUGGCCCAGCGGGGGUCUAUCAGUCCAUUGGGGAGCAGUGAAGCACUUACGGUGGGCCAGAGCACCUGGUGGGCCACAAUGGUGGGACUGGCACCAAGAGAAAUGCCUUCCAUGAACAACCCUAUAAAGUCCAGCAGUAUGGGAACUGCCUCAACAGGCAGCCCAGGGUCCCCGGCUCACUCAACAAUGCCUGUGCUGCUGGGAUUCAAGUGGCAAAGCUGAGAAGCACCACCAUGCAAGGGAAUGGGAGCCAGCCAGACUUUGGCCUGUUGGUGGUGCCCAAUGAAUCAGCUGUCAGCACAAUGAAUGGCAUGCCAAUCCAAUAUCCAGUGGGACAGGGGAACUUGACUCAUCAGCUAUUCAUCGACAGCAUGCACUACCGGGGGGCAGGCUGCCUAGGGCAGCAGAUGCCAGGGCAUGUUAGCACUACUCAUAUCAAUACAUAUCAAGGUCCAGAGAGCAGCCUGCCAGGGCCCCCCAGCUUUGGGAGCCAGCUGUCAAGUUUGGCAGCUGUCAGGAGCUACCUGCCCUGUGCUGGUUACAGAAACAGCAGGCACCAGGCUAUGCCAAUGGGCAACCUCACCCUGCAGCAAAGUGACACAAGUCAGACCUGCAUGGUCAAUGGCAUCAAGAUGGAGGUGCAAGUGCAGCCCCAUCAACUCUGUUCUAAUGUGUGGAGUUACUCUGGUCAGUUCUAUGACCAAACCAUUGGCUGCAGUCAGCAAGACAUAAAAACUUGUUCAUUCUCUAUUUCAGAAGCCAACUGCCUGCUACACGGGGCCAUCACCGACAACUCUGAAUUACUUUCCCCAAGUGCUAGCCAGGUGACAAAUAGUUUCAACAGCCAUGACCUGGAAGGGGUGCAGAUUGAUUUUGACACCAUCGUAAAUGGUGGCACCAGCCUAAUGUCAGGGGCCCUGAGCCCAAGUAUUCUUCAGAAUCUUUCCCAUAGCUCCUUCCACCUCAUGAUGCCACGAACAUCCCUCCCAUUGCCAGCACUGUCUGUGAGCACCACCAACAUGGCCAAUGGGGACAUGAGUUCUCUGUUGACCUUCCUUGCAGAAGAAAGCAAAUUCCUUACAGUUAUACAGCAGGCACUAGGAAAAAAGGACUGCCAACAAACAUGA